AUGUCUCCACACACAGAGGAAGAGCGCAAACAGAUGGCUCAAAUUCCUUAUGCAAAUGCAGUUGGUGCAUUAAUGUAUGCAAUGGUUUGUACGAGACCAGAUAUUUCACAUGCUGUCAGUAUGGUGAGCAGAUAUAUGCAUGAUCCGGGAAAGGGUCACUGGCAGGCAGUUAAGUGGAUUCUACGGUACAUUCAUGGCACAACUGAUAUUGGUUUGAAGUUUGAGAGGGAUGAUAGACUCGAACAAAAUUUAGUUGGUUAUGUGGACUCAGACUAUGCUGGUGACUUAGACAAGCGUCGUUCCACAACAGGCUAUGUGUUUACACUUGCUAAAGGGCCUGUAAGUUGGAGGUCAACGUUACAAUCAACAGUAGCUUUGUCAACAACUGAGGCAGAGUACAUGGCAGUAACAGAAGCUUUCAAGGAAGCUAUUUGGUUACAUUGGUUGAUUGAAGAUUUGGGAAUUGUUCAAGAGCACGUGGAUGUCCAUUGUGAUAGUCAAAGUGCUAUUUGUCUUGCAAAGAAUCAGGUUCAUCAUUCCCGCACCAAGCACAUCGAUGUUCGAUUUCAUUUUGUUCGAGAAAUUAUGGAUGAAGGGGAUAUUCUGCUACAGAAGAUUGGUACCGCAGAUAAUCCAGCUGACAUGCUCACAAAAUGUGUCUCAGGGAUCAAGUUCCAACAUUGCUUGGACUUGGUCAACAUCUCUCGGUGUUGA